AUGCCUACCGACAAGCCUGCAAGAAAGCCCCUGCCUAGUGGUCGUCCUGCGUCUGGCAGCAUUGCCUCUGGCAGAAACAACCAACCCACCAUGCCUGUGUCCGCAGGCACACCUCCCCGGCCUGGCAGAGGCAACACUGGAGAUCUAGUGCAGCAGAUCUCGACCUCCCGUCGGCGAUCAACCUCAACUUCCACUGAUGGCAGCGGUCAGGCCUCUGACGAUGACCUUGUUGCCAUUUCUCCUGCCCAAGCAAGUUCAUCGGACCUUACGGCCGAUGCCCGCAACAAGUCCCAGGUUCCCCAGCUAAAGGGAGCCUCUGCUCUAACUGCCAGCCGCAAACGCGACCAUGACACCAUGGCCAACCCAUCUGCUCAUGCCAACCAUGUGGGAGCAAACACCGCUGUACAGACAUUCAGUGCCAGCCGCACUGGCGAUCCGUCCCAACAGCCGUCCCAACAGCCUCUCCAGCAGCAGCCCAGGGGGGCCAAAGUACCAUGCCCCGUCCACGAUUGCCAAUUCCUCCUACAGCCCAGAAUGGACCACCUCUACGACCAUCUGGCAGAGAACCACGGGUACGAAAGAGCGGCCAGGGAGUACACAGUGGACCUGAAGCACAUCAAGAGAAAGACCGUCCCAACCCUGCGGGCCCUCUUCAUCCGCGACACGAGGAAGCUGGCCUGGGCCAAGGCACGCCUCCUGGCCGCAGAGGAAGCCAUCGGGCAAGCUGACCCCUCCUACGUCAGCGGCCACGGCCUCGGGCUCACCAUGGACGCAUACUCCAUCCCAGAGGCGACCGCCUGCGCCGGCAGCAAGAAGAAGGAGCCGCUCAAGGCGAUGCUGAUUGCCGCCCGCGGCGAGAUGGCUCAGAGGGGCCGCCUUCGCAACCAGGUGGGCGUGGCGCAGAGCAGCUGGGCCCAGGUUCUCGACGACCUGGUCUCGACCUUCCACCUCGCCCGCAACGCGGUGGACCAGCGCGCCGAGCAGUAUUUCCAGCAGCUGCGGGUGGCCGUGGGCGACGACAUGGCGCAGGGCGUCACCCCCGCGCAGGUCGAGCUUACCCACCAGCUCCAGUUGAAGGCGGGUGCGUCCCUUCCCCCGAAGUGA